UCAGGCUCUCCCGUCGGGCUAAGUGCCCGUUGUGAGCCGGCUGUGCUGCUGCCGCCCCGUCCCGGGCGGUGACGUAGCGGUCUCGGUAUGAUGUAACGGAAGAGUGGGGUGAGAGAAGCCGGCAUUAUUACAUAGCGCACACACGUCACACGGAGGGCGGGGCGGAGUGUGAGUACACAGGGCUCGCUGCUGCCGGCACUAUAGUAGGAAGAAGCCGGUGACAGCAACAGGAAGCUCGGUAACGAGCAGUGACAUCCUCCGUGCUGAUCACCGCGGGAUGUAUCACAGUGCGGCAAGCAGACUGUGCUCGGCGCUGAGAGACGUGCCCGCACUGUGCGCCUCCUCUUUGCGGCAGCAGCAGCCACACCACUCCCCGGGAAAGAGGAGGGCUCUCUCGCCGCCCGUACUGGGCUCCCUGGCCAGCCUCGGCUGCUGUCACAGUCUGGCCGGGUGGAUCGGGGAGGCACCGGCCAAAGUGGUCUCCAAUCAGGGUGCGUCGGCACCUACAGCAGCGGCAGGCGGAGCAGCGGGAACCGCAGCCAGACCAGGGUGUUCCAUGGGAAACAGCACCAGCCGCCUGUACAGUGCUCUUGCCAAGACGCUCAGCAGUACAGCUGCCAUUGCUCAGCAUCAGGAGUACUUGGAACAGUCUGAGCAUGAACAGCAGGAUCCACUGGACCCCAAGAAUCUCUUGGAGGAGUGCCAGGUGGCUUUACAGGGACGACCUGCCCGACUCCACAGAGAGUUUGUCAGUCGCAAGGAUGAUUUCAACAGCCCAAACCCCUUUCGAGUGAUGCAGUGGAAUAUCUUGGCUCAAGCUCUUGGAGAAGGCAAGGACAACUUUAUUAAAUGUCCAAUGGAAGCAUUGAAUUGGGAAGAAAGGAAGUACUUGAUACUGGAAGAGAUCCUAAUUUAUCGGCCGGAUGUGUUGUGCCUACAGGAAGUGGAUCAUUAUUUUGACACUUUCCAACCUAUCCUCAGUAGGUUAGGCUAUCAAUGCACUUUCCUAGCAAAGCCAUGGUCUCCCUGCCUUGAUGUAGAGCACAAUAAUGGGCCAGAUGGCUGUGCCUUGUUUUUUCUGAAAGACCGCUUUCAGCUGGUCAGCAGUGCCAAACUGAGGCUAUCAGCCCGGACUCUCAAAACCAACCAGGUGGCCAUUGCAGAGAUACUGCAGUGCAACGAGACUGGGAAGUUAGUGUGCUUUGUUGUCACACACCUGAAAGCUCGCACCGGGUGGGAGAGGUUCAGGCUUGCACAGGGUACAGAUCUGCUGCGGAAUCUAGAGUCUAUAACACAAGGUGCCAAAAUCCCCUUGGUCAUCUGCGGCGACUUCAAUGCAGAGCCAACCGAGGAAGUCUACAAGCGUUUUGCCUCCUCUAGCCUGAAUCUCAAUAGUGCUUAUAAGGUUCUUAGUGAAGACGGAGAGACCGAACCUCCGUACACAACGUGGAAAAUCCGCCCCACAGGAGAAUCUUGCAACACUUUGGAUUACAUAUGGUAUUCCCAGCAUGCCCUAAAUGUGAAUUCUGCUUUGAGCCUUCUUACAGAAGAGCAAAUUGGGCCCAACAGGCUUCCUUCUUUCAAUUACCCUUCAGAUCACCUGUCAUUGGUCUGCAGCUUCAGUUUUAAAAUGGACCCUGACCAGUUAUAAUAAGUGUUGUUCUCCACAUUCAUCACUGUGACUUGUAGCUUUGUGAAGUGAUUUAAGGAGUUGAAAAGGCUAAAAGAUGCAAGUGCUCUUGUCUGUAUGUGGUUCUCAUUUAUCACAAACCUCAUAUUUAUUUGAAAGAACUGUAUUAAAGCUGCACUGUUUUAAUGCAUGAAUAAUCACUCUGUAACUCUCGUUUUCUUCUGGCACUCCCUUACUGGAGUUUGUACACCAUUUAAAUUGUUAAAAUGAGGCAGAACUCUGUAUCUGAUAUUAACUUAUAUAUUAAUAUAUUUUAUGUAUAGACUUUAAUUUAAUGUGUGUUCUUCCACUGGGAUUGCAGCAUUUUUCAAAACAAACAAAUUGCCUUUUUGUAAUAUUUAAUUUGUCAGAUUUGCAAAUGUUUAAUAAAUGUCACUUUUUCCUAAAUAUUUAUUUUUCUACUCAAGGCAAGUAUAUUAGUGUCUAGGGGAGAGCAGUAGUUUCAGAAAUAUUUAUUUAUUUUUGUUUAAUUAGCUACCUGCAAGAUGGCAGGCAAACUCUUGUACCAUGCAAACAUUCUGAAGUGCAAUAUUAAAGCAUUUGCCAGUCAUACCGCUUUCACAUUUCCAAUUCCGGAUCCCACCGGGGAAUUGGAAAUGGGUCCUUCUCAGGUGGGAUCCGGCAUUAGAGGCUGCUUGCUGGCUUCCCGACCCGGCAAUUUGCCAGGUCGGCUGUCAUAGCGGCGGGGGUGGAGCCGGCAAGGGUGGGGGGGAGGUGGCGCUGGGAGACGAGCUAAUCUCCGCGCCGCCUCUCCCUAAGCUGUGAAUGGGUACUGGGUCGCAUCGAACCGGCAACCCAUUCACACUGUGCCUGACCCGGUAUUCAACCCGGGAAUAACCCCUCUUAUUACCUGGGUUAAUUACCAGGUUAGGCGACCCGGGAAUUCGGACAUGGCCCUUUCACAUCGCACAGUGACCCAUGUCUACCUGGCAAUAUGCCUGGUCGAUACCAAGUUAUUUGUGCGAUGUGAAAGGGGUGCGAUGUGAAAGGGGUAUUACAGCGUUUGUACCGGCCCCGGGGUUAAUGUUAAUUUUGUGUAUACAGAAUUCUGUAGGUUUAGGUUAAUACUGAGGAGGGAGGUUGUGAAAGAACCAAAAAUAAAUGGUCAGCCAUAGAUAACUGAAUUUUAAUCUGCACAAAUUCAUGUGCUACAGCAUGUGACGAGUCGUAGAUAUGUGUGCAGGAAUGUUAUUUUCUUUUUUUGUAUUAUGUAAAUUUAAGUAAUUAGUAAUUAUUUCAUAUGUUGCUGGGUCUAGGAAUGGUUACUAUUUUUUCUGGAUAUAGAUUUGUUUGACCUCUUUGAUGCUAUGCACCUACAUAAAAUAGGAUGUACCAUCAAUUACCCAGCUGAUGGCAGGACUGCUUGCUACUAGUCACCAAAAUGUAACUUUCAGGAAAAUUUUGGACACUUGAUUGUUUUACGGUCUGAGGAUUUCAUAUGAAUGAAUGUAGGAAAUAAUGACUGUCCUUUCUAUUACUGUAAAAUCUCAUUGUGAACAAUAUUUGAUACAGAGAAAAGCCCCAUAUCACUUGUUACCAUGCAGUCUAUAAAAAUAAAUCUAUUUAAAGCUUGUA